UAAUUAUAUUCCAUAUGCCAAAAAAGUUCUACCUAACCUUUAUUCUUUCGGUUCUCAAAGUCAAAAUGUCAAAUUCCAGUGAAAUCGUCUCCGACAACCUAACAUUCAGUAACCUCAACCAUUUAAUCGAUCAAUGGGUGAUGGAUGUCCAAGAAAACUAUAAAACAUUCCACCUCCAAGCAGGUGAAAUGAAUAAACUGAUGUUCGACACAUGCAAUUACCACGAGCAGCUCAAAUUGUUGCAAAGAAGGUUGAUUUUGGCCAAAUGUUUCCAAGGUCAAGUAGAUAUGAACAUUGAGCUCGCACAUUCAACACUGAAUCAAAUUGAAAGUAACCUAGUGGACCUUGAAAGGGAUGUACUGUGUUGCUGCAGGGUUGCAUCACAUGAUAUUUACAGAAAAAAUACCUAUGAAAUUGCUGAACAAAUUGACACUAUGAUGAAUAAUUUCAAUCAAGCCCUCGAAAUAUUGGAUUCCAAAGUUUACCUGGUAACGGACAGCAGCUCAGGAAACUCUGACAUGGAAGGUCUUACAGCUUUACUACAAUAUUGUUAUCGACAGCUUGAAAACAUUGAAAUGAAGACUUAUCUUCUCAAAGACGCGUUAGCUGAAAGUUAUUUUCACAAACAGCAUGUACUACGAUUGCUGAACUUGAAAGAGAACGAUUAGCAUAAUUCCAUGGAUUUAACUCAUCAUUAUUGUAAAAAUGAAAGUGAAAAUUAUAAACCAAACAACAUA